UGUUGAAUACGUGUAUUCACUCGUCAUUGGCUUUACCAUCGAUUCAAUUGAUUUGACACUUGUUUUGCCAUUUAGUGAUGGAAUCAACUCUUUUGGAACCGACUCUAUAUGUGGUGAAAGCGAUGGCCAUAUUAGACAACGACGGCAACAGAAUCCUCGCUAAGGUUUGUCCCGAUUUGGUCUCAUUUAAUGAAGACAUUUGUUGACCAGUCCUCACAACUCACAC